AUGGGACACAUUAUAUCAACUUGUAUGGAAUUCGCAUUCGACCGUCCCUCAUCUGUCUCCACACCGCCGGAUCAAGAGGAGAGUAAAUCUGUCUUUGCAAUCGGUGAAUCAAUAGAAGAAAUAUUGUAUCUUCAUCAUGUUGUAUUCAAACAUUUUUGGGGAAGAAACUAUGUCAGUCCGGUUGUGUUGAGUAAUGAGGAUGAAACGAAGCCAAAGCAAGUACUGGACCUUGGCUGCGCUACAGGCAUGUGGACCGUUGACAUGGCUUCGAUCUUACCGACAACCAAUUUCAUCGGCGUCAACCCGUUUGCCAUUUUCCCAAAGUCAGCACCGUCAAAUGUCUCGUUUUGUCGGCAAAACGUUUUAGAUGGUCUUCAAUUCGACGAUAAUUCAUUCGAUCUUAUACAUGAAAGGUUAUCACUGUCCGACUUUACAAAAAAACAAUGGGAAGAAAUUGUUAUACAAGAAAUUGUUCGAGUAUGUAAGCCCGGAGGAUGGAUCGAGUUUGUCGAGUCAGACGCCUGCAUUUGGAAUAAAGGAAGAGUGUUAAGAAGAAUUGGACACUCUUGUAAAAAGUUAUUUUUAGCAAGAGGCCUGGUUCCAAAUUUGGGUCAAUUUCUCCAAGUCCUACUUCGUAGCCACCCACAACUGACUGAUGUGCACUAUGUUGAGAAUGACAUACCGUUAGGGAAAAAGCAUGGAAAAUUUGGUGAGCUGGCUGUUAGAAAUUUAAUGCUAUCUUGGUAUGCAAUAAAAAUCCCUCUUUCUCAAACGAUGGGCAUAGCACCUGAACAUUUUGAAGCAAUUUUAGAAGCAUUUGUCAGCGAAGUCAACGUACAGGAUUUGUAUUGGAAGACAUAUAGAGUUUUUGCAAGAAAGAAAACACAAGAUGAAAUGAACGAAUAUUUGUAA